CUUAUGAGGAGGAACAGAAGAUAUUUACGGAUGCAAGAGUGGAAACUGUUACCAAGUUAUAUCGCAAUAGAGAACGUCAAGCAGGUCUUGCACAUCUUAAUUUGAUGCCUACUAGAUGGCCUUCAACAUUCGAAAUAAAACUGUUCACUGAAAGGUUUCUUCAAAGCAAACCCGCUGAUAUUAAAACAUUGCAACCCCAAUUUGAUGAUGAUGAAGUUGCCUCAACAUCAACAUACAUUCAGAAUUCUGUAGAAUUCAACAGAAAUUCUGUUGAUCGUUGUCAUGAGGGUUGGUACAGAUUCUGUACGACAAGUGAUACAGCUACAUAUGUGGAAACGGAAUUGGAUCUCAGUCACGAAAAACAUAAAUCUAUAGAUUUAUCAAGACUUGGCCUGUAUAAACACAUGAGGAUUUUAAACCUGCAACAUAAUGAACUAAAGAUAGUACCAUCUGAGAUCGGCGAAUGCCACGAAUUACAGAAAUUAGAUUUAUUCUCAAAUGAGAUUGAGAAGAUACCAGAUUCAUUAUGUGCAUUAGAACAGUUGACCGAACUUGACAUGAGCUCCAAUGCAUUGACUGCUAUACCAGAUGAGAUUAGUAAAUUGAAGAGAUUAAAAACAAUGAAUCUAUCAUACAAUAAUAUUGAAAGGAUACCAGAUCAAUUGUGUUCAUUGGAACAGUUGGCUGUACUUAACAUGAAAUACAAUGCAUUGACUGCUAUAUCAGAUGAAAUUGGUAAUUCAAAAGGCCUAAAGACAUUGAAUCUAUCAUACAAUAAAAUUGAAAAAAUACCAGAUUCUCUGUGUGCAUUAGGGCUGUUGACAGAACUUGAUAUAAGAUCCAAUACACUGACUGCAAUACCAGAUGGUAUUGGCAAAUUAAUGAGUAUAAAUACAGUGAAUCUUUCGUACAAUAGGAUUGAGAAAAUACCAGAUUCAUUGUGUACAUUAGAACAGUUGACAGAACUUGACAUGAGAUCCAAUGCAUUGACUACUAUACCAGAUGAGAUUUGUAAAUUGAAGAGUAUGCAGAUAUUGAAUCUAUCCUCCAAUAAGAUUGGACAGAUACCAGAAUCAUUGUGUGCAUUAAAACAGUUGACAAAACUUGACCUGGAUAACAAUGCAUUGGCUGCCAUACCAACAGGAAUGAAGAACUUAACAAAUCUUAGGAGUUUACAAUUGCAACACAAUGAGUUAAAGACAUUUCCAUGGAAGAUUAUUGAAGAAAUGCCUGAUUUGGAAGAGUUAUUAUUAUGUGGGAAUAGGUUAGAAAAAAUACCCAAAGAGAUUGGAAAUUUAACAAGAUGUGAACAACAGUGUCUUCUGUGCAAAUCAACACUAGCAAAACCAACUACAUGUAUUUGCUUUGAGUAUGAAUUUCAAGUAGAAAUCCGCCUCAGAACAUUGAGCACAUCACUAAUGCCACAACGACAUGCAGAAGCCCAGAAAACCCAUUCAGGUUUGAAACGAGAAAUAGAGGGCUGUUGGGAGGAAAUGGAAGAGAACUAUCCAAUGGAACCAAUCCCCACAGUAAUGCUUGGGGGAUGUACUACACAAAUACUUUCCAAAGAACCCACGCUUGAAGAACAAUCACAUUUAGAUAUGGAUACAUAAUAUCCUGUAUCCUAAGGCACCACGUGACCAAAGACACAGCUUUGUUGAUAGAAUUUAAUAUGUUUUCAAAUUUGUUUUACUUGAAGAAAGUCUUCGAUACUGGGAAUCAUUCAAUCUUGUUGCACAAAAUAUCGCUGUACGACAAAGCAAAUUUACUUUGUAUCUUCAUGUCAAAAAACUAGUCAAUAUAUGCCAUGGAUGGUGAAAUCUUGAAUCAAUUUGCGAGUUAAAAACGGAGUGACCCAAGAGCCUAAUAAUAUUAGGACCGUUACUCUUAAUACUUAUUAGCUGAUAUUUUGGUCUGAAAUGCUAUUUCAAUAUUUAUGUUUCACAUGCCAGUGUUACCUCUACUCUGAAUUCAGAUUUGGAUUAUUCAUUACUGAUCAUGCUGUGUUUGAAUGUUAAAACAAAAAUGUAUAUAUGAAGUAAGCACAUAAUUAGUAGAAUGCAUCAUGGUAGUGUAAUGAAAUAAUUAUAGACGGUAACACCAUCCACGCCGUCAGCAUUUGUGAAUAUCUUCGUGUUAAACCUAAUGUUAUUUUAAUGACCACUGUACAGAUUUAUUUUAGACUACUUUGCAUAGACUUUGCGAUGCACAGUUUGAAGGCAUAAUAUACGGAGUUGUUGAAUCAUUGUGUAAUCUAAACUAUACCUUGAAACUGAAAAGAUGGACAGACGUACACAAAUAUGUAUGGAUAUCGUAUGGGUGAACACCCACUUGGGUAUUUUUAUUAAACCAAAAGUUGAAGGGCGACAUGCCUGGCACAGACGGACACGUGAACAGUAAUUGGUACAGGUUACUGAGUGAGGCCACUGUC